GUGACGAUAUUACAAUUCUAAGCUUCGUUUUGGUCACUUUUUUCUAACGGGAAACGUAACUGAUGAUCCGUUCACGGACUGUCGGAAGGUUAACAGUCAAAUUCCGACGCUAACAGUUUCUUUCUGUGUUAAACGGUGUAUUUGUGGCGGUUUAGAGAACGAAAACAUGCUUUCCGAUUCAGAGGGUUAAACUAAUAAUACGCCUUUAUGUAAGUGUUUUAGUGUGAGGGUCUUGGGAACUGUGUUAUCCGGACAGCAAAACGGUCCCUUGAGUGCGUCAUAGUGAUGCUGCAGCAGCAGCAGCAGUCAGUCAGUGAUGAUAUGAGGCUAUAAGGGACGUGAAGGGGACGUUUAUUCCACUCUGCGUGUGUGGCACUCUAUUUUUGAGGAAGUCAAGAAACUGAAGAAAAUGGACGACAUGUGUGCGGCUAAUAUACUUGACAUAUUUUUACCUGUAUCGACGGUGAAAAAUGGGAUGUGUGCCUUCAACUGUGUCCACGGAGAGACGGAUCAAGGAGCGACAUAUCUUCACUAAAAACCACCAUGCUAGCUCGCUAGCUCGCUCUUUGAUGUUUGUUCCUCCCGAUGCAUAGCUAACGUUACCGUCGAGAUUAUAAUUCCAGAUAACUUUUGCUUCAAUUACAGACUAACGUUAAGUGGAGUGUGUUAACUUAACAGAUCAACUUUACCAAAGGACAUUUAGCGUCUUGCUAGAUCAGUUAGCUGACUUUUAGUGAUAGCUAUUAGCCUUAAAGCUAGCCAAAAUAGUUGAGCUAAUUAACGUUACAUUAGCUCAAAAGUCAAGUAAUACACAGAGUUAGGUCAAAUCGUUUAAAUGACCGUAACUAACAGGCUUGUUUCUGUUACACAGCAGUAACGUCGCAAUCAACGUUGAUGGUGUUAGGCGAUUUGUAAUUAUGUGUUUCUUAAAAAAGGGACAAACUAGUUCAUAUCGUUUCCUGCACUGAAAAAAAUAGAUUUUUUGACCCUGUGAUUAUUAUUUCAAUCAUCUAAAUAAAUUCUAUAAAUUCUAUAUUCAUUUCAUGCAGUGCAUUACUUAGUGAUUGUUUAUUAUGUGUCCUCAGUUUUGUAUGUAAAUUGAAUCAUUCGUUCCAAGUAAUAUUCACUAAACCAGUUCAUUGGCUUAAUUAUUUGAUAUUUCCAAGUAAAAUGUAAUUGAGGGACAUCAGUGAAUCUGCAAUUUACUUUUGUAUUUUCAUUAAAAAACCAAGUGGUUCUAUUAAAUAAAUAUUACUAAGAAACAGCCUGGGUAAACACUUUCUGUGUGGAAAAACUUGCCUAGCUUUUUUAAAGUAAAUGUCACUCCAAUUUUUUCAGUGUGCACGUUUACAAAUUGGACAUCUUCGGUUAUGAGAUCAACCAUAACAGCAUUUCUCACAUUUGCGAAAUCUGCAAUUUAAUAACGAGCAAAUAUAAUAUAUGCUUGAUAGAAACUUUAUAACGACUACCUCACCAGAUAGGACUGAAGAAAGAUGUGACAUUUGAGGCACUUUUUUGGACGUGUGUCAACAAUUUCCCCUAACAGUGGUUCCCUUCUGGCUAACAUGUGUUAAGUUAGUGCAGGAGAGUUGACACAUCUGUAGGUAGUAAUCUUUUCCAGGACAGGCUCAUCAAGUGUGGUUGACUCAUAACUACCAGAUAUGCGGCUCUCCUCUUUUUUGGCCGUGUUCAGGCCUGCUUUACCCCUUAUCCUCGGGUUGUCUCUGGGAUGUAGUCUGAGCCUUUUGAUGGUGUCCUGGACACAAGGGGAUACCGAUGACUCCUGUGGAGAUGAAGUGGGCAAUGGGAGGUUUUCCAUGGGCAGAGGAGAUGCCCAGAGAGACUCUAGGGAUGGAGCUGGAGAGGAAGACUUCCAGCCACGUAUCGUGCCCUAUCACAAGGACCCAAACAAGUCACACAAGAAAGUCCUCAGAACUCGCUAUAUUCACACUGAACUGGGCAUCAGAGAGCGACUGCUGGUGGGUGUACUGACCUCUCGGGCCACCCUCAACACGCUGGCCGUGGCGGUGAAUCGCACAGUUGCCCACCGCUUCCAUCGCACAUUCUUCUUCACCGGACUGCGAAGCCCUAAAGUGCCUCACGGCAUGACUGUGGUAGCCCACGGUGACGACCGUCCUGUGUGGCUGAUGUACGAGACAGUGCGUCACCUCCAUCAGCACUACGGCUCUGACUACGACUGGUUCCUCUUAGCCCAGGAUGAUACCUACAUGCAAGCAGAUCGCCUGUCAGAGCUGGUGGGCCACCUCAGUGCAGGUCAGGACCUGUAUAUGGGCAGGGCGGAGGAGUUUAUUGGUGGAGAAGAGAAGGCACGUUAUUGCCACGGGGGCUACGGUUACCUGCUGUCCCGCAGUCUGCUGGCACGUCUGCAGCCUCACCUCGACACCUGCCGUAAUGACAUCCUCAGUGUGAGACCUGAUGAGUGGCUGGGCCGCUGCAUUAUUGACUACCUGGGGCUCAGCUGUGUGGAGGUGUACCAGGAGAUGACCUAUCGUUACUUUGAACUGGGGAAAAAUGCAGAUCCAGAGCGUGAAGAUAGCUUACAGUUUAAAAAUGCCUUCACAGUGCAUCCUAUAUCAGAACCAAACCUCAUGUACCGCCUUCACAAACGCUUCAGCCAGAUUGAGCUGGAGUGGACUUACCUACAGAUACAGCAGCUGCAGGUGCAGAUCAACAACCUGAGUGAGCUGACGCCAGAGGGCAAAGCUGGAGUCACAUGGCCUAUAGGAAUCAACCCUCCCUUCAAACCACGAACACGUUUUGAGGUCAUAAACUGGGAGUAUUUCACUGAGGAGCAUAUUUACUCGUGCAUUGACAGCUCCCCCAAGUGUGAGAUGAGAGGGGCCGACCGUGCGGAUGUAAGUGCAGUUCUGGAGAUUGCAGUGGAGCGUCUAAAUGAACGCUACCAGCCACAGCUACGCUUUCGCAAGCGGCGUCUUCUCAACGGUUACCGCCGAUUUGACCCCACACGUGGAAUGGAGUACGUGCUGGACCUUGCGCUGGAGGCCUACACCCAGAAAGGCCACAGUCAAGUCAUCGCCAAACGGGUUAAGUUGUUGCGACCUCUAAGUGCGGUUGAAAUUAUCCCGAUGCCCUAUGUGACCGAGGCAACACGGGUGCAGGUCAUCCUGCCUGUCACCGCGCAGGAUCAGGACUUUGUCGGUAACUUCCUCGACAUGUAUGUGAUGAACACUUUGGACACACAUGACAAUGUUUUACUCACGUUCUUGUUCAUCUACGAUCCCUUUGAUGCACAACGAGUCAGCCAGACUGAUGUGUUUGCCGGCAUUAAGGCCAUGAUCGGAGAGGUGGAGAAGCGCUACGGGGACGUGAAGAUCCCCUGGAUCAGCGUGAAGACGGAGGUGCCCUCGCAGGUCAAGCUGAUGGACAUCAUCUCUAAAAAGCACCCAGUGGACACGCUGUUUUUCCUGGCUGGCGUGUGGACGGAGGUCAACGCCGACUUCCUGAACCGCUGCAGAAUGAACGCCAUCAGCAACUGGCAGGUGUUCUUCCCCAUCCACUUCCAAGAGUACAGCCCCGCUGUCAUGUACCGCGACCAGCAGCCCUCCGCCGCCUCCUCCUCUUUUGCUUCCGAGUCGCUGCGAGACGGCCACUUCGACCGCCACGUCUUCGACGAGGCCUGCUUUUACAACGCAGACUACAUGACCGCACGGACCAAAAUGGCAGCAGACAUCCUGGACAACGAGGAGCUGCUGGAGAGCAUGGACGUGUACGACAUAUUCGUCCGUUACUCGGGCUUACAUGUGUUCAGAGCUGUAGAGCCGGCGCUGAUCCAGAAAUACGUGCGGCGAGCGUGCAACCCGCGGUUCAGUGAGGAUAUCUACCACCGAUGCGUCCUCAGCAACCUGGAGGGUCUGGGGUCACGCUCACAUCUAGCUAUGGCUCUUUUUGAACAGGAACAGGCCAACAGCACCUAGAAGUCUCAAAAAUACUGCCGGGACUAAAGAAAACUCAUGCAGAAUAAUGUGAAUCAUAAUAUGGUGCUUUUGUGAACCAUACGCUGAAAUUCACGCCCUUGUAUUUGGCAGAAAGAGGUCAGUAUCAGCUGAAGAACAGCAUCGUGGACACUUUGACGGAGCAAAUAUGUGCUGAUGCAGAAGUUUCUCCAGCUGAAAAUCUCUCUGCCCAGGACAUACGAGUACUUCUCUGACUAAUGAGUCGUGUCUAGACGACUGAGUCAUAAAGGUGUUUGAACGUGGACUACUUCUACUUGUAUUCCUCCCAUUGAUGUAUUCAAACAGGAGCCAAGCAACAAUAUUUAUACUUCUUCUUUUUUUUAAUAUAAGAGGUUGUCUUAAAAAUAUAAUGAACAAAGGCCUUCAGUGUUGAUGAUUAAUUAAUGAAAAACUUGAGCCAUAAGUCUUCCUUAGUGAGGAUGUUUAAAAUGAAACUGGAAACAAGCUGAAGCCGUCAGCUGCCUUUUUUUCCCCUUCUUUUUUUAAGAGGUAUUAAAGAGUGAUAUUUCUGUU